AUGGAAAAGAAGAACAGGGAUCUUGCGAAAAAAAACACAGAGCUCAAGGAGAAGAUAUCGAAGAUGACUGUAAUGUAUUCUGAAUUGCUCAAGACGAACAUUAAGCGCGAAUAUACAGAGUUCAGAAUUCGUAAGAAAGCUAUUGGUCUCUUAGAAGACAGUAUUGGCGUGGUAAAUGAUGUUGCAGAGAACCUGAGAGAGAUAAAGGCAAUGAUCUUGAGGAAGGAUGCCUUAGAAGUUCUUGAGGACAAGUUGAAUGCACAAGAUGGAGUGAAGCCUAGGAAACUCUCAAUGUGA